AUGGCAACCAAAACGAUGACCAUUCCUUUGUGUUUAAUUUUGCUGUCAUUUGGCGUAAGUUCUACCACAGCAACCAAAUCCUAUGCAAAAGACAUCGACCCAAAAUCCUUAAAACUCAACAACAAACAACACCAAAAACUUACACAUCUUCAUCUUUAUUGGCACGACACCGUCAGCGGCGCCAAACCCUCCAGCGUCGCAGUUCUUCCGCCGCGCAACAACGUCACCGAGUUCGGUCAAGUCAACAUGUUUGACAACCCUUUGACCGCGGGCCCUGAAUUGGGCUCGCAAUUGGUGGGCCAAUCUCAAGGCUUCUAUGCAGGAGCGGCCCAAGAUCAAAUUGGACUUUUGAUGGCUAUGAACUUUGCUUUUACUCAUGGGAAAUAUAAAGGUAGUUCCUUUACUGUGCUUGGCCGGAAUCCCAUCUCCGACGGCGUGAGGGAAAUGCCGGUGGUUGGAGGAAGUGGUAAGUUUAGAUUUGGAAGUGGCUAUGCUUUGGCGAAAACUCAUUAUUUAGAUCCUGUCACGUUUGAUGCUGUUGUUGAAUACAAUGUUUAUGUGUUGCAUUAUUGA